UCAAAUCCCCUCGAAACCAAACAGCCCUGGAGGAAAAAAUAUUUUAUUAUUAUUGAAGAAGAAGAGAUGGUGGACGAGGCGUGGGAGCGGGCGGUGGAGGCGGCGCUGCACGCCGGCGGCGAGGGGAGCUCGUCGCCCGCGCGGAGCCUGACGCUGGACGGCGCCGUCAAGUGCAUGCACGGCCGGCUCCCGGCGGCAGAGAUACUGGAGCGGCACCAGAGCCUAGAGCACCUCUCGAUCGCCGGCGUCGGGGUCACGUCGCUCGAGGGGUUCCCACGGCUGCGGAACCUAACGCGGCUCACUCUCUCCGACAACCGCAUCGCCGGCGGCCUCGACCACCUCGUCGCCGCGGGGCUCUCCUCGCUGCGGGACCUCGACCUCAGCAACAACCGCAUCCAGGACGUCGACGACCUCGCGCCGCUCGCUGACCUCCGCCUCGUGUCGCUCGACCUCUACGAGUGCCCGGUCACAAGGGUCAAGGACUACAGAUCCAGGGUGUUCGGGAUGAUCCGGACGCUCAAAUACCUUGACAAGAUGGACGCCGAUGAGAACGAGCGCCCAGAGUCGGAUGACGACGACGACGAUGGGGACGGGGAAGGCGACGGUGAAGGUGAUGGCGACGGCGACGGCGACGGCGACGAAGACGACGACGAUGAGGAAGACGAAGACGACCCCGGGAGCGGCGAGGUGGCCAACGGGGGUGUCUCGCACUCGCUCGGCGGCGUGGCUUCGCACCCGGCGGAGGUGAAUGGGGUGAUCGAUGUGGACGAGGAAGAGAGCGACGCUGACGAGGUCGUCCCUAACGGGGGAGUCGAGCACCACCACGGGGUAAACGGGUUCCGGGUCGCGGCGGCCGGAGAAGCCCCAGAAGAGGAGGAUGAGGACGUGGAGGAUGAGGACGAGGAUGAUGACGAGGACUUUGAGGAGGAAGAUGAUUUGGGAGAGGAGAUCGAUGAAGAUGGUGAUGAUGAGGAUGCUGUUGUGGAAGUCCAUGAUGUGCCGAGUAGUGAUGAUGAGGAAGAUGGCGUUGAGGUGGAGGAUGACGAAGAGGAUGAUGAAGAGGAGGAAGUUGAGGAUGAAGGCGAGGAGGCUGAGCCACAGAGCAGUGGAAGGGUUGCCAUGAUGACAGGGGAGGAUGGAGGAGAAGAGAUUGAUGGGCAUGAGCAUGGAGAAGGGGAUGAUGAGGAUGAGAAUGGUGAGAUCGGAGAAGAGGAUGACGAGGGAUUGGAAGCUGAUAGGGGUUUUGAGGAGGGAAAUGAAGAUGAGGACGCGGAUGAUGAGGAUGAAGACACAGAAUAUCUUGUUCAACCAAUCGCCCAACCUCAGCCGGUGCCCAUUGGAAACGACUUUGAUGCAGCUGAUCCUGAUGACGCUGAUGAAGACAGGGAUGAGGUGGAUGAUGAUGAUGAGGGGGCUGCAGACCAACCUUCAUCCUCGCAAGGCACCAAACGGAAGAGAGAUGAUGAUGAUCUGUCAGGCAGCGGAGAUGACAGUGAGGAUGAUGGUGUUGAGGACUUGAGGCCUUUCAAGCACCAUUGAUGAAGCAGCUAAUGUACAUGGAUAAUCUCCCUCCCCCUUCCUCUCAGCUAGCUAGAAGUGAGCAGCAGGAUCAGCAGCAGCAGGCAUGAACAGAAAUGGUGGGUUUUCCCCUGUCUUCUUUAUUGUUUUUUCGUGUAAAAACUUUGAUGAAUUGAGAGAGCUUCAGCCUCCUCUUCAAAUAGCAGAUUUUAGGAGGUAAUGGAGAAACACCUUCUGUAGGCUAGUAGCCAACCAGUUUAGUUAUUCAGUCUCCCUCUUCCCUGCACUCCUUUCAGUUUGAUUUUUCCCUCCAGAUUCUCAAAUGGUAGUUGCAGCCCUGGGGUUUCCCUCCACCCUUUCAAAUUUCUGUUACAUUGGCAGUAUAGCCGUGCUCAAGCUGUAGUUUCCCUCCAAAAGAAAGCCCGGGAAAUGGCCCCCUUUCAAAUGCCCCUGGUAGCCGUAGCCUCCAUUUGAAUUCCUGUAUUGCUGCACCUCCGAUUGGCUGAAUUGCGCUGUGUCCUGGUUACUGCUUUGAGAUAGGUGAAAUGGCUGUGGUUGCAGCGAUGGAGGCGCCGCCCUGAGCCUGUAGAGGCAACCGGGCUCCCGGUCCUUGUAUUUUUAAGCUAAUUUUUUUUGGUUGGAGAGGCCGCUUCAGGGCCUGGAGCGGCCUGUGUCUAUGGUUCACGGUGGUCUCCCGCCCCGUGUUGCUCGUGGUCUAUCACGAGGAUUAGGUUGUCUCACUGUCAGGCGGGCCCCAGUUGCAGGGUUCAUUAAGGUUAAGGUCGCCCGUUCUUGGAGUGAAAAUCCGGCUUGCCGAGUAAAAAGGACUUUCAACUGUUGUGUUGGUUGGGCGCUGGACGCCUGAAGUGGAGGGGAGCAAUUCCCUUGUUUGUUUUGGGUUCGAGGAGUGGAGUACAGCCGCUGCAUUUCCCAUUUGCUUUUGGCAAGUUGCGCUGGUGGGAUGCGGACGGGUGGCGCAAGUUGGUGCCGGUGGCGGUGGCGGUAGCGGUGGGGUAUCGGGGGUAACGUGACCUGGUGGUGGCGUGAGACCGUUGGUGGGCCCGAUCUGGGUUGGGACUCGGGAGAGCAGCGCGUUGUCGGUGCGUUUGGCCCGAGCCCCGAGGUGGGGGCGUGGGGUAGCCGUAGGGGCGAGCCGAAGGAGAUCCGGGCGGAUCUGGACGGAUGCCUCUCGGCCGCUCGCCCUAUAGCUAUAGGGCAACCCCUUCCCUCCUUUCUUUAGCUCGUGGCUGUUGACGGUACUGCCCUUGCGGUUCGGCGGCGGGCCCGCCGUGUUGAAUACUCUUUUUUUUUAAAAAAAAGCCUUGUUGAAUAUUCCAGCUCUGGAGUACUCGGUUCGCCUAGUUUGACACGUCUCCGGCGGAGCGCGACGCGUGACUAGAGCCGAGGGCCCGCGGGUGUGGUGGGGCAGGUUAAGUUCUGGACCCGCAGGUCAGCGUCCCGCUCCGGGUGUCGUGUUGGUCUAUGAAGCGGGUGGGUUGGUGGGUGGGAUGGAUUUGGCGUUCCCACGGAGUUACUGGCCGUCAUUACGGCGGCUAUUGCUCCGCUCAGCCGACCCGGUGCCUGCGCGACGGUAAUAAUGAUAUGGACCGGGUUCACUGCUACUAAAGCGUACGAUGGCUGCGCAUGUCGCCCGGGUCUACGGAUCGGUGUAUAUGGAAUCGUGAUAAGGAGGAACGACGGGAGCAGGGGUGCGCCAGGCUCAGGCACCAACAGUUGGCUGGGCGGAAAUGGUUCCUUUCGGUACUGCGCAUGGACUCGGAACGGAAGUGUGGGCCCGAUCGCACGCUAUACGCGUGAGGCCGUGAGGCGUGGUGGAUGAGCGAGCCAGGCAGAGCCGCAGAGCAGGGCAACGGCGGGACGGGUCCACAGCGUCUAAAAAAAUACACUCCUCCGCUAGAAGGGUCAAACAUAAUAUUAACAUCUAUACGUAUUAUUAGAUUAAUUAUAAAAUAUAUUUUUAUACCUGAUCUAUUGGAGUUAUAAAUGUUUAGUAAUUUUUUUAUAAAUUUGACGAAAUUUGAAGUUAUUCGACUCCUAAGAAACUGAAAAUUGUUUUUUUUUUUAACCGGUCGUCCGGGCGGGGCGGGAGGCCCCGUCGCCACCGCGCUGUCGUGCAGCGUGAGGCGGGCAGCCGAAUGCGGAGCGGCGACGGGGAUGGCCGGAUGGUGCGGCCAAUAAAGUCGUCGCCGGGGAUUGGGGUGCUAGCGGGGCCACUGUCAGUGACCCUAGGGCGGAGAGUGCUCGGCCCAGGCCCAGGCCCAGGCCCAGGCCCAGAGCAAUCCCACCGCACAACUUUCUCCGGCAAUCGGCCCGCUACCUCACUUUGCGAAACAACAAGAGCACUUUCUGGAUCCAAUCCACGCACAGACUUGUGCAUUGACUGAUAGGUGUGGGCCGUCUGCCAGUGACACGGCCUAAUGCUAUAGCGAUUGAUCUGGAGCGUCGAUGAUAAUCCGGACGGGCCACGCCACGCCACGCAGCUCGUCGGCGGAUUCGUCCCGUUCCGUGAGAGAGCCAGCUGAGGCUGCCGUGAGCCUGUGACCGUGAACGGAAUGGCCGGCUCAGGCUCAGAGGCGCAACCGCGCCGCGCCGCGCCGCGAGGCCCGCAGGUUCAGGAGGCGAGCAGAUAGCGUGGUGGCGCCAUGCGCGGAUGCGCCAAAGCAAUGCCGUCCAACUGUUCCAGUGGACAGGAGCCACCUCCGACGACCACCGGAGAGAACCAAACCCACCGUCUCCCCCAUUAACCAGCCGCCUCAUCUCGUCUUCUAUCCUUUUUCGCUUCGCCUCCGCGCGUCCAGCUGCGGCCUUGAUCGCAUGCUGCCCGGCCUCCGCGGCUCGUGAAACCGUUGGUGGCUGCUCGCUCUCGCGCCGGUUCCGCCAUGGCGCCUCAGCCUGUGCACACCCUGAGGCUGAGCACUCCCGCUGGCCAUGCAGUGUGCAGGUGCUCCGCCGCCCCGCUCUUCGGGAAGAGGCUGCCGGCCAUCGUCGCCUUCCCCCGUGCCGGCAGGGGCGGCGCCGUCGCCUUGUGCUCGGCCGUGCAGGAGUCGUCCACCUCCACCACCGUUAGCCAGAAGAAGGAUGCUGCAGACGGUGAGAAAAAGGAAGCCACGGCGGCGGCAGCGAAGCCGGCCGCGGCCGCGGCCGCGAAGCCAAAGAAGGCCCCGGCGAAGCCGCUGCCAGAGAUGAUGCAGGAGGAGAUCAUCCCGCCGCUCAAGGACGCCCUGGAGGCGGAGGAGAACGUGUCCCAGGUCCAGCUUUCUUUCCAAAACAACACGUUGGAGGGUUCCUUCAUAAAGGAUGAUGUACCCUAUUAUUUUUGGGCCUUCUUUCCGAAAGGAGAUCUCACAGGACCGAGGGGCUUUGCGCUAUCGUCCUACAGUAACGAAGUCAGCACCAUCGAGCCAUUCCUAAUCGAUGAAAAGAGGAUAACCCCCCAGUACGUGGUGUUCUGGGUUUACAAGAGGCUGGCCGGGCAAGGCAUCCUUCCCGUCUGGAAGGAAGAGGAGGGGGAGGGGGAGGAGGAGGGUGCAAAGUAGUGAGUGAUCUCGCGCAGGCACAUACAGACUGUCCGCUGUGAAACAACACAAUCGAUCGUGUCCGAACGCGUAACUCUGUAAAGUUCGUCUGCUAAUGUACGGAUACUCUGUAAAGUUAAAACCAACCGUCGUUUUGUCUACCAGUCACAUAUAAACGGCAGGAUUGUGGAGCUGAUGCUGAACAUUGGUUGCUUGUGUUGGCUCCAUACUUGCACAGUAGCCAUACGGCUGAAGUCCAUCAAUUUUUUCA